CCUUGGAUUAUUCACAAGAACCAGAUACCUUUUUUCUCUCCUUUGUUUCCAAGUGUAAUUCGAAAAGAAUCUUAACAUGUAGUCAUGUAGGUGUGGACCAACCUUGGAAAAAUGAUGACAUAGUAUUCAUGUAUAGUUUUUUUUUGGUGUAAGUAUUCAUGUAUAUAUUGUUGGAUUGCUUUAAUAAUAUUGGAACGCAAACAGUGGCGAAACUACACCUAUCCUAGGGGCAGCUGCUCCCCAUGAAUUUUCAAGUAAAUAUAUUUUUGUACUGAUUUUUUAUAAUGCGUUGAUAAUUCAAAAUUAUAGAAGUAUUAAACUGUAAGUUAUAGUUGUGCCCUGGAUAACAAAUAUUUCUAGAUCCACCACCGAACGCAAAGCUGUAUUAGUGAUUUAUAAUCACACUAUAUAUAGGUACUUGAGAGUGGCAGUCAGAAAGUAAAUCACACUAUACAAAUAUGUUAACCUAGUUAUUUAAUUAUAUCUUACUACGUCAUCUAUGAGUGAGCGCCAUAUGAAUAUUUGCAAAUAAAAUAGAACUACUGAUCGUUUAAAUCUACAUAACCUGCAUUAUAAUUUUAUUUUCCUAGAUUUGAUUUCGAUCGGAACAGAAAACCGCUUAACUACUGAUCAGUGAACUAUUAGUCUAUUAAUGGAGAUAUAAAUUCCACACAAUGAUCUAGUUUAUUAAUGUAAAUUAUAUAGUAUUAUAAUUGUUAAUUUACAAGUCAGGUAAAACUCGUGCAGAAAAUAACAAAAACUAAAAGUUUUAAAUUUUCAUCUCAAAUAGAUUAUGAAGGUUCAAGAAUAUCAGACAAAUUCAUCAAUCAGACAAGAUAUGGGUCCAACACAAAUAAUAUAUCCAACAUACUCUAAGAAACAAAAUCUAAAAUGUAAAUACAAAAUAACAAAAAGAAAAAUCUAAAUGUAUACCUAAAUAAACACCUCCCCCUCUCCUUCUCUCUUUCCAUGAGUGUAUGUAUGUAUAGAUUGUAUGUAGUGAUGGAACAGUGCAAUGAUCUUUAUAAGCAGAGGCAAUAUAGGGAUCAAAGACCCUAACUUGCUCUAAACUCUCUAGUGUACGAGUUGAGAAAGGUUAAUGAUACCAAACAGCAAAGAGAGAGCUAGAGAGAGAAAGAGAGAGACCCAAGAAAAAGCUUUCCAUCAUUUAACAUAAGAGAACUUUGAAGAGUCUAAGUAAAAGUUUUUAAAGCUUUGUUGCAGAAAGCUUAAUUAAAAGAACUUUUCUCUCCCUAUCUCCUCUCUCUCUCACUCACUUUAUUAGUCCUUCCUCUUCUUUGUAAAGCUGAACCUCCCACUAUCUUCAAAUUUUUCUUCUUCUUUUUUUUUUUUGUCUCUAGGUCUUGUUUCAUCAAAUCAAUCUCUAGAAAUUCAAAUUACAUUAAAGUCAAAAAGAGAGAAGAAAAAGUAGUAAAUGAUGAGAACAGAUCAAGGAGCAGUAGUGAUGUUGAAUGCUGCUUCCAACAAGAACACUACUAACACAUGUUGUGUGGUUUCCUCUUCUUCCUCUGAUCCUUUCCUCUCCUCUUCUGAAAAUGGGGUCACUACCACAAACACAUCCAAUCAAAAGAGGAAAAGAAGACCUGCAGAUCCAGAUGCAGAAGUUGUGUCUUUAUCACCAAGAACUCUUCUUGAAUCGGACAGAUACAUAUGUGAGAUCUGUAACCAAGGGUUUCAAAGAGAUCAAAAUCUCCAGAUGCAUCGAAGACGUCACAAGGUUCCAUGGAAGCUUCUGAAAAGAGACAAUAACAUAGAAGUGAAGAAACGAGUGUACGUUUGCCCUGAACCCACUUGUCUUCACCACGAUCCUUGUCAUGCUCUUGGAGAUCUUGUCGGAAUAAAAAAACAUUUCAGACGAAAACACAGUAACCAUAAGCAAUGGAUUUGUGAGAGAUGCUCUAAAGGUUAUGCUGUUCAAUCAGAUUACAAAGCUCAUCUCAAAACUUGUGGCACCAGGGGACAUUCUUGUGACUGUGGUCGCGUCUUCUCCAGGGUGGAGAGUUUUAUCGAACAUCAAGAUAAAUGCUCGGUACGAAAAGUUCACCGUGAACCGCCGCCUCGGCCACAACCUACUGUAACUGUCCCGACCUGCUCCUCUAGAACUGCCUCAACCACAAGCACUCCAUCUACAGAAACGAAUUACGGUGGUGCGCUUGCUACUCCUUUACCUCUUGAAGGGCGUCCAAUUCCUAUAAGAAACUUCUCAUCAAACAAUGUCAAUCUUGAACUCCAGCUUCUUCCACUAACGCCAAAUCAAAACCCUCAUCAAGAAAACCAGCAACACAAAGUUAAAGAACCAUCUCAUCAUCGUAAUCAUCAUGAUACGACAAACUUAAACCUCUCCAUUGCACCAUCUGCACCAUCAUUAUCUCAUCAGUACAACAACUUUGAUCGAAUAAAAGAAAUAAUGGCGAGUGAACAUAUAAUGAAGAUAGCGAUGAAGGAGAAAACCUACGCAGAGGAAGCUAAAAGAGAAGCGAAGAAGCAACGAGAGAUAGCGGAAAACGAGUUUGUCAAUGCCAAGAAGAUAAGGCAACAAGCACAGGUUGAGCUUGAGAGAGCUAAGAUUUUAAAGGAAGAAUCUAUGAAGAAGAUAAACUCAACAAUUAUGCAAGUUACUUGUCAAACUUGUAAAGGACAGUUUCAAGCGAUUGCGGUUCCUGCGGCGGAUGAGACAUCUCUUGUGGUGAGUUACAUGUCGUCAGGGAAUACUGACGAAGAGGGAUCAUAGAAUUUGAAAAAGGUUUUACUAUA